AUGAACAAAUUCAUUGAAUUAAUCUCUUCUAUAUUUUGGAAUUUUCCUCGAGCUUGUUUAACUGGAUUUAUGUUUAAUUUUGCAUCUUAUUUUUAUUGGCUAGUUGUUCCAUUGAAAUGUGUUGAUAUGGGUGGGUCUACAUUAGACCUUUCUUUAUUACAGACAACUGCUUUUGUUAUUUAUUCUAUUAUCUCUCCUAUUUGUGGUAAGUUAGGUGAUAAAUUUAAUCCAUAUAUUCUUAUUAGGAUAGCAAUGUGUUUCUUUGUAGUUGCUGUGGCAAUUAUUCUUAUUUGGCCUAAUACAUUUUUUGUUCUUUAUAUCUCAGUUGCUAUUUGGCCUUUUUGUACUGCCUUCUUUUGGCCAGUAACUACAGGAACAGUAGGAUUUGAAGCGCCUCUCGGAUGUGAGAAUAGAAAUACUUCCUUAUAUCAAGUUUCAUGGUCAAUUGGUAAAGCUCUUGGAUUUUUAUUCGGAGGAAUGUUAAAAGGAGCUUUAGGAACUAAUGCGUUGUAUAUCUGUAUUGGUAUUGUAGCUAUAAAUAUGUUAUUAUAUCCAUUUACUCAUCCAAAACGAAUUAGAGAGAAAAUAAAACAGAUGAAAAAAGAGAAAACAAAGCCUAAAGAAGUAAGUGAUAUUACAGUAGAAUUUACAGUUCAUCAACAAGGUUCACAUGAAGUAAAUAUUCCUGUAGAAAUGGUAAAUUCAACACCUUCAGAGUUACAAGAUACUAAAUCAUCAUCUGAAAUACAAAUUCAUGAAGAAACAAACAAUAUAAAUGAUAUCAAAGUUAAAUGGAAUGUAAAUGAUUAUAAAAAUAAAACUUAUAUUUAUCUUGGCUAUGUUAUGCAACUUGGUGUGUAUGGUACUUCUGCAAUUCUUUCUAAUUCAUAUGUAACUUUAGCUAAAGAUAAAGGUAUUACUAUUCCGUUUGGACAAAACACUGUUGAAAUGUAUAUCGGUAUUAUUUUUUUCUGUUAUUUUAUUGCUCAAACUCUUGUAAUGGCAAUAAUGUCUUUCUCUACAUUCUGGAUUUACAUGAGAAGUUUACUUUUAUUAUUCCAAUUCUUCUAUUUAAUGUUUUUGAUUACACUUGGUCUUUCUGCUCAACCAUAUGUUAAUUGGUUCUUAGCUUUUAUGGGUGGUUUAGCUGGUGGAUUUGCAUAUCAAACAUCAACAUAUUAUUCAAUGAGGGCAAGUGAAUCAAGUAAAUCAAUGUUUAUGGGUAUUAGUGAAUGUGUUGGAGGUUUAGGAAAUGCCUUACUACCUUUAAUAAGUGGAUUAUUAUGUACUUAUAUGAACAAUAAUUAUAUUCAAAUUUACAUUGCUAUUAUUGUGAUGUUAUUAUGUCUAAUUAUUGAAGAAAUAGUAUAUUAUAUUGGUUAUGCAAUUAAUAAAAGAAGACAAGCAAAACGAGUUGAUCCUACUAAAGACUAUCACCAAGAAGACAACAAAAAAAAUACAGGUUGUUCAAUUGAAAUUACUCCAAAUUAA